AUGGCAGAGUAUAGUAAAGUUCUAAAAGUUUAUUGUGAUCUUUGUAUGUCUACCUUUGGACGGAGAAAACCAGCUGAUGGUUACUGUGUUAAUUGUUCUAACAACUUAUGUGACGACUGCUGCAAAUAUCAUAAAACUAUCAUUGCAACUAAAGACCAUGUGGUGAUUCAGGAAAGGUUUAGUGCUCAGUAUGAAAUACCUGUUGUAAAGGUCCAAUUGAACAAAGAGUCACGGACAGUCAAUGAUCAUUGUCCUUUGCAUCAGGAAAACAUCAUUGAAUAUCACUGUGGUAUAUGCGAUCACUUUAUUUGCCGUCGGUGUAAAUCGGAAAAUCAUAACCGGUGUGCCAAAGUAGAAUUGCUAGUAGAUACUACAGAUGACAGUAAAGUGGAAACUGUUAUUGAAACUCUUCAGAACAUUAUGACUGAACUUGAAAGACACAAGACGAAAUUGAUUGAAAAUGAACAAAAGGUGAAAGAUUUAAAGGAAAGGACCAACACCGUAGUUGAGGAACAAAUAGUGAAGCUAUUUCAAUUAAUUGACCAAAUGAAGUCUGAUUUUAAAAAGAGAAUUGAGAAAAUCGAGAAGGAUAGCAAAUCAAAACUUAGUUCCGUUUCUAGAUUACAUGGUACUCUAACGUCCGAGAUUGAAUCGUUACUCUCACACGUCAGAGAUGCUAAAGAAUUAGGUAAAAGAUGCGAAAUGUUUAAAGUUCUUAGAAAAGUUGAUAUGGAUUUACCAUCACUUCAAAGUGGUUUGGGAAUGUUAGCGCGUGACAAUGACAUAGAAAGAGACUACUGCAAAAGUUCUACACAUAUCGAUCAAUUGGUCAAUCAGAUGAAGACGUUAUUACAUACGGUUCAAGGUGCGUGUGUAAGGAAGCAACAUAAUUGA